AUGGUUGUAUGUGGAACUUGGUGCCUCGUGGUUCUCCUCCGUUGUGUGGUCGUCGAGCUGUGGUGGUGCUACUAUGGUGUUUGUGUACUCAUGCUGAUGCUUCUCCAUAGUGUUGAUCGUCGAGGUGAGUUAAGGGUGGUGUUGGUGUUGGUCCGUAGUGUUGGUGUUGUUGAUUUGUGUUGGUUCAUGGUGUUGUUCCACGUGUUGGUGGCGUUGAUGAUGAGUUGGGUGGUGGCAGUGGUGGGUGGUGCUAGUACUUUGGUGGUGUGGGUCGAUUUCUAG